AUGGCUUGCCUGCGCCCGGCCGAGCUAGCAUGUAUCGAUCAUACUAGCGCCAGAGGAACCAGAGAGACGGGCCGCUUAGUUCAGGUACAGAAAGUCAAAAAUGCACCCUCCGACUGCAUACAUCCCCAGUCUGAAACUGGUGGCGUUGGCCGUAUUCCUUUCAAUCCCAUCUUCCGACCCACGCCGGAUUUCACAAAAGGGUCGGGCAUUGUUGCCAUGGACAAGAAGACGUCCCAUCUGCUAGGUCCCCCUCGCGAGGCACAGUUUCAGGUGAAUUUGUUCCAGGCCCUUGGUGGUAAUCGCUAUUCCCCUACUAUAGAAGUAUAUAAUGUUGACGAGUUAGAAGGAAGAGUGUGGGAGAGGAGAGCACUCUUUGAGUCUGAGUAUCAAGCUAUAUAA